UGGACGUCCAGCGCCGUAUGUCAGGCAAUUAUCCUGGAAUCAGGAUCCUGGAAAUCUGGAAAGAGUUUUACCCGUUUUUCCCGAGCCGCCGCGCACCGGUGUGAUGCCCGCCGGGAUGUUCAGCAUAGACAGCAUCCUGUCCGGCCGGCCGAGCUGCAAGGAGCCGCUGCUGCUGCACCGGAGCGGCCCGGUGGUUCUCUCCGCCGGCCUCACGGACUCUAUCUACACCGACUACAACGGACUGUACUCCGCUGCAUGCGGGCCUUCUCCCCCCGGUGUUCCGUCUGUGAACGGGACCAGGAUAGGAUAUAACGGCUACUACUACGGACAGCUGCACGUCCAGGGCGCCGGAGGAGCGCCGCCGUGCUGCGGCUCUGUGGCCGGCCUCAGCCCGCAGCAGUGCCCCUGCAUCCCGGCAGGCUACGACAGCCCGGGCUCGGUGCUGAUCUCCCCGGUACCGCACCAGAUGAUGUCCUACAUGAACAUGGGCAGCCUGUCGCGCACCGAGCUGCAGCUCCUCAACCAGCUGCACUGCCGCCGCAAGCGGAGGCACCGCACCAUCUUCACCGACGAGCAGCUCGAGGCUCUGGAGGGCCUCUUCCAGGAGACCAAGUACCCGGAUGUCGGCACCCGGGAGCAGCUGGCCCGCAAGGUCCACCUCCGAGAGGAGAAGGUCGAGGUUUGGUUCAAAAACAGACGCGCGAAGUGGAGGAGGCAGAAAAGGUCUUCAUCAGAGGAAUCAGAGAACUCUCAGAAAUGGAACAAAACGGCCAAAACCUCCGCGGAGAAAACCGAGGAGGCAAAAAGCGAAGUGGACUCGGACAGCUGAUAAUAAAAGCGACCUGACGCCGCGGCCACGUGUGUGCGUGUGUGUGUGUGUGUGUGUGUGUGUGUGUGUGUG